AUGGAGAAGGAGAAUUUGGGUGGGAGUAAGAAUACUAUUCUUUUAGGUGUUGAUUUGAUUUCUCCAGAUCAGGUUGAGGAGGGGGUAUUCCCUGCAAUUCAGACGGAAAUGUCUGGUUUGGAUUCUAGACAUGAUAAUCAGAGUGGUAGUCAGUCUGUUUUCAAGCAGUUGAGACAAGGU